AUCCGGGACGGUAGCCGGGAAGGAGGGCGCGGCGAACCAUUCCGCGUUCUCUUUCGCGGAUCCCCGCGGCUGCUACUAUGCGGUACAACGAGAAGGAGCUGCGGGCCCUGUCCCAGCAGCCGGCCGAGAUGGCUGCCGAGUUGAGCAUGCGAGGACCCAAAAAAGGCAGCGUGGCCAAGCGGCGGCUGGUGAAGCUGGUGGUCAACUUCCUGUUCUACUUCCGCACCGACGAGGCUGAGCCCCUCGGAGCCCUGCUUCUGGAGCGCUGCAGAGUCUCGCAGGAAGAGCCCGGAGGCUUCUCCAUCAGUGAGUGGCUCCCGCCGUCCCCGCCAUCCCGGCCAGGCUGCUUCCUCCCUGGACACAAGAAUCUCUUUGAUGGUCCUCGGGCGGCCCAAGGCUUCAUCGAGGACCCAGAGAGGAAGUAUUACUUUGAAUGCUGCACCCAGGAGCAGUGUCAGGAGUGGAUGGAGGCUCUUCGUCGGGCCAGCUAUGAGUACAUGCGGUGCAGUCUCAUCUUCUACAGGAAUGAGAUCCAGAAGAUGACAGGCAAGGAUCCCCUGGAGCAGUUUGGCAUAUCUGAGGAGGCCAGGUUCCAGCUGAGCAGCUUGCCAAGGGACAGGCGGGCAGCUUGUGUCGGCACUCAGCUGGACGAGUUGGACUAACCCUAUGCCAGGCCUGCCCUGGGGGGUGUUUGGGCUCAAAGCCUGAGGGUGGGUGGGGGUGGGCAGGGGCUGCAUUUUUGGAGAAACCCACCAAGUGCCCCUUCCCUGUGCCUCGGGACCCACCAGAGGGUUGCCACACUGUGCUGCUAGGCCAAGUGCCCGGCCUCUCCCUGCCAUGUCCCCACUGAGGGCUGGGUGGGCACCUGACUGGCAAGGCCUUCCUGUCCUGUGCCAGCUGAAUGUACGAAGCUAAGGGAAGCUGUGAAUGGUGAGGGUCUCCCUCUGCCAGCUAUGAACUCCACUGUUGCUGAUGAGGGAUGGGGUGGCUCUGGUCCUGAGUCACCGCACUCACUCUGUUCAAUAAAGGUACCUCUUUUUCUAAACUGGA